CCGCUUAUUAAAAAAUUAACACCUAAAACAAUUCCUCUACCGGCGACGAAGCUAAAAUCAAAGGUUCAUCACCCCCCUCUUCAAGCGGCCGAUCUGGGAGCGAUGAUGAUGGAUGGAUCCGCGCUCAACAUCAAGAAAUGGAUCGUGAUUUACCCCGUUUACAUCAAUUCGAAGAAGAAGAUCGCCGAGGGAAGGCGCAUCGGCGCUGACAAGGCCUGUGAGAAUCCUACUUGCAUCGAGAUCAAUGAUUGCUGCCAGCAUCUUAAGAUCCCCUGCGCAAUCGAGCUGGAUAAAGCAUACCCGCGGGACUUUAUGCAGAGAGGAAGGGUGAGGGUGAUGCUGAAAAGGGAUGAUGGUUCUCCUUAUAAUCCUGCCGUUGCUUCGAAGAAGCAGCUGAUGCUCCGUGUUGCAGAGUUGGUGCCUAAACAUCCCGGAAGGCACAAGAAGCAGGAAGCUUCGAACGCGUCAACUGCAGGGCCUUCAAAGUCUGGAAAGGGCGGCAGAAAGAAGAGAUAAUGUGUUUUUUUCUUCUUUUUCUUUUGCUUUGUCCAUCUGUGGUCACUCUUCUCUGAAUCAUAUGGAAAGCAACAAAGAGAUUUGUGCACAAUGUGCGUAUCUUUUACAUUUAUAUCGCAGAAUUAGCCAUGUGAAGUCGAGGACUAGAUUUGGUGAUCACAUCUGUAGCAACUGACAAACAUUUUGGUGACCCCAAAAAUUUGGGGUUGUAAGCGUUCUUUUUUUUUUAGAGUUUAAAAUCAGCUUAUAUGGUUAUGGCCUAUAACAUCUCUCAGCCA